AUCGUAAACAAGAAAAGAAGCGACAACGAACGAAGCUCGAGGCAAGAAGAGGAAAAAUGAUAAUAUGGGUGUUAAUAGAAGAAAGACGGAUUGACUUAAAAAUAACACCGAGGACCAUUUCCAAAGAAGGACGUUUG